AUGAUGCACUGUGCGGGGUGCGAACGGCCCAUUCUGGAUCGUUUCCUGCUCAACGUCUUGGACCGAGCCUGGCACGCCAAGUGCGUCCAGUGCUGUGAAUGCAAGUGCAAUUUAACGGAAAAAUGUUUUUACAGGGAGGGCAAGAUCUACUGCAAAAAUGACUUUUUCAGGCGAUUCGGAACGAAGUGCGCUGGCUGCCUCCAAGGUAUCUCACCCAGCGACCUCGUAAGAAAAGCCAGGAACAAGGUUUUUCAUUUGAACUGCUUUACUUGCAUGGUCUGCAACAAACAACUUUCCACGGGAGAGGAGCUGUAUAUAAUUGACGAAAACAAGUUUGUUUGUAAAGAAGAUUACUUGAACAACAGCGUCAUUAAAGAAGUCAGUUUAAAUUCAGUGUCUUCAUGUACAGACAGAAGUCUGUCACCGGACCUCCAAGAUCCAGUACAAGAUGACACUAAAGAAACGGACAAUUCCACCUCCUCAGACAAGGAAACUAACAAUAACGAGAAUGAGGAACAGAACCUGGGCACCAAGAGGAGAGGGCCACGGACCACUAUAAAGGCCAAACAGUUAGAAACCCUUAAAGCUGCUUUCGUUGCCACCCCAAAACCCACCCGUCACAUCCGGGAACAGUUGGCGCAGGAGACCGGGCUGAACAUGCGGGUAAUCCAGGUGUGGUUCCAGAACCGAAGGUCCAAAGAGCGGCGAAUGAAGCAGCUGAGUGCGCUAGGAGCCAGGCGACAUGCUUUCUUCAGGGGCCCACGGAGAAUGCGGCCCCUAGGCGGCAGACUUGAGGACCCUGAAAUCCUGGGGUCGGGGCCGUACAGCUAUUAUGGCGAUUACCAAGGGGACUACUAUGGCCCUGGUGGCAACUAUGAAUUCUUCCCACAUGGUCCCCCCUCUUCACAGGCUCAGUCUCCUGCCGAGUCUGGCUACAUCCUGAGCUCCGGGCAGGGGCCACUGGAGGGUCCCAUGUCGGGCCACCACUCAUCAGACAACCAACGCUACACGGACAUGAUCUCCCAUGCCGACUCUCCCAGCCCGGAACCUGGCCUCACAGGACCCCUGCACCCCAUCCCGGGGGAGGUUUUCACUGGGGGGCCUAGUCCACCUUUCUCCCUGGCCAGCAACUCCAGCUACAGUGCCCCUCUGUCGCACUCUGGCCAGGAGAUGGGUGAAACAGCUGUUUGGUAGAUUAUCUAGUAGACACUGGUACUGGUACAGUGUUAGAUGUACAGUAGGGGAAAAAAAGAAACUGCUGCCUGCUAUUCUGGAAAUGGAAGGGGUUGGAAGUUGCCCCAGUCCAAAUAGCUGCCAACUCCCCAACCUCUACUCAGCCAAAACCUUCCCAUUGCUCCUAUGGGUGGACUGAAGGAGUUGAAUGUGUUGUAGUUUGGACAAAACACCCAUAAGACAAGGAGUACAUAACAGCAGGCUUUGUUCCUUCUUAAUUUUCACGACCGAUAAAUUGCUUUCCGUCUGGACCUCAGCAAUUUACAGAAAAGAUGUGGAGGACUGAGAAGAACUGCUGUGCAUAUAAUAGCCCCAUUUUCAUCCAUUUUGUUUGUGGUCCAUAAGUCUGUUUGAACCAAGUCAGUAUGAACAUUUUAUUGAAAUUAAUUUGAACAGUAUUCUGUUUUCCAGGGCCUUGCAUAAUCCAGGGAAGUGCUUUAACAGUAUGUUAAUUAAGGGAAACCUCAUCAAGUGACUAGGUAGCUAAAGGCUUAACCCCCAAGACUUAAAAAAAAAACAGAGGGAAAGUCACUAAAUGAAUUUGGAAUGUGAAGUAACACCAGCGACAGCAAUGUGUCAAUUAUCUAGCUAAUGAAAAUGUACGGUAGUACACAUCAACCGCAUAUUCAAUUAAAACUAGAAGAUAGGCGUUGCAGCUGUUGCUGCAAUUUAUGUUAUGUGUUAAAGGUAUCUCCCUGAUGAACUAAUAAGACCUUGCUUGAAUCUGCUGUCAUUUACAGAGUGAUGUCAUACAAGAAGACACAUUGGGUGCAGUCAGUACCACUGACCUCAUGGGAGGAUAUUUCAUGACCACCAUAACAAGAGCCAUUCCAAUUCUUAGUGAGCUGUGGUUACUUUGGUGUACCCUGCAAGAUCUCUUUUGCAAAAUACACAUAGCAGAGAAGGCAUUUACCUUGUUUCAUAGACAGAAACCACAGAGCAUUGAGAAAUUGAAAUAAGAACAUAACAUGACUGUUAAACCUCUGGCACUUAACUGCAUUGGUUUUGUAUUUUUAAUCCUCAUUUCAUAAAAAUGGAGAUGUGCCUACUUACAUUAGAAACAACAAAAUGGUGGACAGUACAGAUUCCUCAAGUGGUCCACGAAAGUAAUAAUCUUCACUGCAGAGCGAGCUUGGUUGGCAAAAAUGUGAGGUUUCAUCACGGUUUUCAUUAGCAUAGAAAAAACAAAUCUCUAUUGCUAGGAGAGAAGAGGCAGCUUCACUGACUUGCGAAGAACUGUAAGCUUCAUUUCAUCAUCAAAGGUCGCCUUGCAGUGUAUGCUUGUUAAUAAAUAUGAUGAGUUCACUCCUGA